AUGACUACUGAACAAACCGAAUCAGGAAUCUGGAUACUUGACGAUACUGGGAAGAGCCUCAAAUUCGUGUUUGAAGAAGAGCUCGAAAAUGCUACCGAAGCUGAUGCUAGCACAGAAGCGAAAGUAACACCCGCAGAAGUUAUCGCCAAAUACCUUUCCAACCUGAGUGCUUCUCAGAAGACUAUGCAAGACAAGCUCUACGCGUUGGGCUGGGAUGACGUUGCCAUCUACAAUAUGCUCACCCUUCUUGAAAGUCAACAGUGA